AUGGGGAGAAGAUUCCGCUUGAUCGAGUUAGGACGCUAUAUUGCUCCACUAUGCCCUGAAGUCACUUCGCCUGAGCGCAAGGUGGCAUUCAAGGAAAGAGCGUUAUGGACUAUUGGGUGCCUUUUCGUCUAUUUGGUUUGCUCGCAAAUCCCUAUCUUUGGAAUUGCUGUUCAUUCUGCCUCUGAUCCUUUAUAUUGGGUUCGAGUCAUAUUGGCAUCGAAUAGAGGGACACUAAUGGAGCUUGGUGUUGCUCCUUUAAUGACAGCUGGGAUGGUGAUGCAAUUAUUAGCUGGAUCAAAGUUGAUUGACUACGAUGGAAAUCUUAAGGAAGACAAACAACUUUUCAACACGCUGCAAAAAUUUCUUGGAUUUGUUUUUACCCUCGGUGAAGCGAUUGCUUACGUCAUGUCUGGAAUGUAUGGUGACCUCAAUCAACUUGGUGCUGGGAAUGCCGUUCUAAUCGUUCUCCAACUCACAGCUGCUGGUGUCGUACUAACACUACUCGAUGAAAUCUUAUCAAAGGGGUACGGAAUUGGCGACGGUGGAACAAACUUGUUCAUUGCUUGUAACAUUUGUGAACGCAUUUUCUGGAAGGCUUUUUCACCGACUCAAGUCACGACUGCCCGUGGUAUGGAAUUUGAGGGAGCAGUUGUUGCAGCCUUCCAUCUUCUUUUCACGAAGUCCAAUAAGUUUGUCGCCAUCCGUGAAGCAUUCUAUCGAUCUUCGGGUGCAAAUCUGAUGAAUCUGCUUGCUACAGCCGCGAUUUUCCUCGUCGUCAUUUACUUUCAAGGAUUUCGCGUUGAUCUUCUCAUCAAAAAUCAACGAAUUCGUGGACAAACAGCCUCAUAUCCAAUUAAAUUAUUCUACACAUCUUCGAUUCCAAUCAUUCUACAAACUGCUUUGGUCUCAAAUCUCUACUUCUUCUCCCAAAUUCUCUACAGCAAAUUCCGUUCGAAUCUCAUCGUUGGAAUGUUGGGAAAAUGGCAAGAAACUGAAGCCGGUGGACCUUCCAUUCCAGUUGGAGGAAUCGCGUAUUACAUUUCACCUCCAUUCUCACUUGGGGCCGUCUUCCACGAUCCUCUUCAUGCUUUGGUUUACAUCGUAUUCGUGUUGGUGACGUGUGCGUUGUUUUCAAAGACUUGGAUUUCUGUUUCUGGAAAUUCUCCCAAGGACGUUGCAAAGUCCCUGAGAGAACAAAAUGUUGUCGUUAAAGGCCAUCGAGAUACAUCCAUGGUGUCUGUGCUGAAUCGGUACAUUCCGACUGCGGCGGCUUUUGGAGGAAUGGCUGUUGGCGUUCUUACGAUUCUGGCCGAUUUUCUUGGAGCUAUUGGAAGCGGCACUGGAAUCCUUCUUGCUGUCUCUAUUAUUUAUCAGUAUUACGAAAAUUUAAUGAAAGAGAAGGAAUCAAGGGCACUCGUGCCUUCAAACACAAUAAUCGGAGCUGGAUCUCUCGUUCCACCCGGAAAAAUCUUAGAAAGUGGUUUUCUUUAUGUUGGCUCACCAGUGAAGAAAGUCAGAGCACUCCAUGAGAGUGAACUGAAGUGGAUUCAGUAA